AGGAGGAGGGAGGAGGGAGGGGGCCGCCGCCACCGCCGCCGUUGCUGCCGUUUCCCGCCGCACUUGAUGGACGAAAGGGGGGAAGAUGGCGGCGCCCACGCAGAGCGGAUCAUCAUGGCGGACGCCUCCAGGUGCAAGCACAGAAAGCAGGCGAACCCGAGGAGGAAACACGCCAAGGAUCAAAUAUUAAUGAAUGAAGAUCCCAAUGGCUGUUUGAAAGAAAUUAGCGAAGAGUCGUCAAAGAAAGAACCAGUGUUUCAGGAUGUAAAGUUAGCGAUCCAUGGAGAAGGUACAAGGGAAUCUGAUGAAAGAGGAAUUCUUCAAAAUGAAAUCAAGAUCGAAGAAGGCAAUGUAGACAACAGUAAAAAACAAACCUUCGGGGAGAUGCAGGAUUUCACUCACGACUCGUCAAUGUUCUCUGGGCUGCAGUUAUUUCAUUUAAAUCCACAUGAAACACCACGGGCACUGCCCUCAGUAUAUGGUCAAGACACGAAUGCAAGAAUUACAGAAGGGCCCAACAGUGUACACAAGGACAAAGAUGCACAAGGAUCUUCAUCGGGUUUGGCCGGACAGAAGAGGACUUUGCAGGCCAAGGGUCAUUUUAGGACCAUUGCUCCAAAAGCUAGUCCAUCACCAGCAGUGAUGACUGCUUCUAUUCUGCCUCCAUCUACUACCAUCAGUGGAAUUUCUUGUGGAUCCAACAUCUCAUCAAGUAUUCAAGCUAAUACAUUUUCACCAAAGCCCAUUAUCAUGCCGGCUCGGAACUAUGCUUUGAUGCCUAUUGCUGGUAAAGAGGGGACGUACUCACUUGUAGCUCUGCCACAAGUUGCUGCAGCUCCCUCACAAGCUUCUCUGAAGGUCGACAGGACCAGUGUAACCUGCACUGGUCAGUCACAAGUUUCCACAACAUGUAGUAGGUCUUCGGUGGUAUCACUUGGAACGACGACACCUCAGGUUGCCACCACUGAAAAGUUACCAAUACCACGGUAUCAGUCCGUGUGGGCCAAACCAGCUGUGAAGCUACGUGGAUCCUCAAAACUGGCAGUAGUAAAGCCUAGUAAUCUCCACUGUCUAUCCAGAGCAACAUCAGUACAGGUUCAGCCAACUGCAAUGCCUGGACAUUCUCGGAUUCGUCCAAGUGUCGCACCACCUAAAACAGAAUUGUUGGUUGAAAGUGACAAAGUUGCAUUUGCAGCAGCUGAAACCACAGUUUGUACCACAUUACCCCGAGAUGCUGAUAUGAUGCUCAGACAUUCACCCACGUCCAAGUCCGAUAAAUUGAAAAGAAGCGAAAUCAACCGACAAGUAUCCCUUACUGUUUCAACUAGCAUGGACAGACCCACACUGAACGCUACACCAGCUAAAGAUUCUUGUAAACCCAACCCAGAUUUGCUGUCAGCCGCGUGCAACCUUUCAUCUUGGUCUGUUGUCCAACCUGACCAGCAGACCCCAUUAAUCUCAAAGCAAAAUCAAUGUGUUGGUGCCUUGCCACUAAUGCAGUUUGGAAAUUCUGUUCAGUUUAUUGCACCUUCUCCUGCUCCAAAGGGGAAAGUUCCCAUUUUACCCUACUCCCAAGUAAAACGUACCAUCUUUAUUAAUCCCAAACAAAGCCAAGCUCCCGUUACUCCAUCCACACAAUUUGUGUCGAGAAUCCGCACGGCAAGUUCAGGAAAUGGUGAGCUUACCGAUGCGUCUAAAAAUAUUUGUGUGGUUUCUGAUUUUCACAGGGUGGGUGCUCAAAAACCACGCGGCCAGCUGACAUUUAUACCAGCAGAAAGAAUCAGUCCACACACUUCAAAAAAAGUGAUUAUAAAUAGAUUAAAGAGGCCAAGCAGCAGUACACUCAAGCACAGAUUAGCGAGGAAAAGGAAAGCCACAGAUAAUGUGGCGAUCUCUAAGACAAAGCGGCUCCAGACCUGUGAUCUGAGCAAAAUGCAGGAAGAUGAGAAGGCAAAAUGUGAUUUUUCUCAGCAAUGUGGCCCUUUCAAAGUGAAAGAGGAAACAGUGACAAGUAGAAAUUCAGAGAAAACGGCAGCUGUACUGAAAAAGUUUUGUAACAUCAUGCCAAAACCUGUGGCUGUUAUGCAAGCUGUAGCCCCACUGACAUUCACAGGAGGAGUUGUUGCUGUCCAGAACCACGACAGUUUGAAAUCUGGAGCAGCACCAAGUAAUGCACCAGUAAGCAACAUUGGUAAUUUAGUGCAAGCUGCCAACGCAUCUACCAACUUGCAGGGGCACUUGGACGUCCAAGCUUACAAAUGCAAUGUUUGUCAUCGAGGGUUUCAGUUUAAGCACCAUCUUCAUGAUCAUUUGAACAUUCACUCCAAGAAAAGGCCUUAUUGCUGCCGCAUUUGCCACAAAGCCUACAGCCACUCGGGCAGCUUGAGCACUCACAUGAAGCGAUGCCACAGUGAAGUACGGAGGAAGAAGCUAAUGUGCUGCGAGUUUUGUUCAAAACAGUUCGGAAAUAUCGGAGUUUACUUUUUUCAUCUAAAGGAAAUCCACAAGGUUUUAAUCAGCAAUGAACACUCCAGCAACUUCCUCACCCAGGAUAAGAACGACCAAAGUGGAAAGCCGGAACAGAUGGAAACUAUGAGCUGCUUGCCUCCAUCAAACAGAAAGCAAGCUGAAGGUGAGCAGUCUGGAGGUGAAGAAGGUGGCCCAAGUGCCCUGCAGAUAAAAUGUGCCCGUUGCCAAGCAGUCACGCCCACCUUUGUCGACAUGAAACUUCACCUGCUAUGCGCACAUGAGGAGGCCCUGCAGCUGAGCAUGGAAGAGGGAGCGGAGAAGGAGAAGAGCGGGUGCAUCAGUGGCUUUCCCAUUUAUUCCAGCGUGGAAACGGAACAAGAGCUUUUCAAGCACGCGGCAAACUACUGGAAGCAAUUUGGUGAGAAGAAGAAUCUGUUUAAGUGUGGCGUUUGUGAAGAAGCAUUCAACUCGGCUUUCAAAUUGAAGAAGCACAUGGUUUUGCAUUACAAGCAACAGCUCCGAUUAGAGGCCGCAAAUUCAAGCGCACUUCCUAAGGUUAAAAAGCUUCAGUUCCUCACAAGUGUUGGGUUUAAUUGUGUUUUAUGUAAACGGAAAAGUGGGAGCAAAUCUGAACUUUUCAGCCACUGGCAAAGUUUUCACAGGUGCAAGGAUCCUGCCGUGCUGUGGACAGUCUUUCAUUCCUUGAUUGAACAUUGCAGGAUUGACGAGGAACAGAAUGAACUUUCAGUAGAGCAGAGUGCUGUCAGCGCUGAACCUUUUUGCAGACGUAUUGCAGGCCCUUCAUCAUUAUGUGAUCUGCAUGAGGGGAGAAGGGUUGUAGAUCAGUGCAAAGUACACUUGAGUAGCUGCACGGGUGGAACAGAAACGUCUCUUGACUCUUGCCAGUUAACAUGUCCGUUUUGUUCAAAGGCCUUUUUCUGCACAAACUGCAGAAGUAGCAGCAGUGAAGAAGUUGUUUUUCAUCAAGAGGAUGUUGUACAUCAGUGCCCGAAGUGCCUUCUGAAGUCCCCAUUACCUGCUGAGGGUCUUGGAUCUCAAGUGUUCUGUACUUCAUCUAAGGAUUGUGGUUGAAACUCAAGUGCUGCAAGAAAGACAGGGCCUCAAAGGGACGUUGAGGUGGAACAGCAUCGGAAGUGCCAUUUCAACCAGUUUGGUGAACUUUAAGUACCACUUCGAUUUGUGAGUGCUGACCCCCCCCCCACAACAAAAUGGCCGGAGGGUAGAAGAUAACGUGUUUCACAGUCGGGGAAAGACUAACGAGUAGAAGACCAGGAAUAACGUUAUACUGGUUUGUAGCUGAACAGUUUAUCCUGGAACCAUUGUUAGAAUUUUCAUAGAUUUUCUUUGUGGAUGUGGAUUUAAAGAUUCUCAGAAAUGAGGAGUGAGUACACUCAAUUACACCUACUUGGCUUGCCCUGUAUAAUUAGUCAACCAUAUCCUAAGAAAAAACAUUUAAAAUCCGUGAGAUAUAAGAUGCGAUGCCUCGGCAUUACACUCAGUACAAAUAAACCUGAAGGCUGUUGUUGCAUGUAAUCAAAGGAAACGUUUCAGGCUCAAAGCAGAUUGGUUUAUAAAUGGAACCAGACAUAAAUAGAUAAUAAAACCAAGAUGGUGUAACUGCUCAGCUGCUUUUAAAAGUUUCACUGAAAUGUUAAUCGUGAAAUGUGUAUAUUUUCGUAAAUAUUAGUACUUUAAAAUUUGCAACAAAAUUGAAAAUCUAGAAGAUAACAGGGAAGUGAAGCCAACCCUGUUUACAUUAGUGGAAAUGUAUACUUUAAUGUUUGGAUUUGUGAAGCUGAGUUUUUUAGUUUUGAAGAUGCAAUUGUCAUUCUUUAGGUACUAAGAUUCAUAUAAUAGAGCCCAUAUGUUGUAAAUAUGAUAAUCCCACAUUUCUUUAUUAGGUUAGAACGUUUGUUAAUAACAUUUUGAGGUGCAAGGAGCAUUCGUUCUCUACUGCAGCCGUUUGCCGCUUGCUCACUUUCCACGUCAGCUGAAUUCACUGAGCCACACACACAGCUCGGGGAAUGAGGUCAGGCAGCAGGUGGGCUGGAACGCAUUGCAGUCGACUUAGACCCACCACACGUCCAGUGGAGGCAGUGUGCAGGAUAUGAUGGGUCACAGGUAGCUAUCAUCACAGAAUGAGUACUUUGUUCGACCGAUAAUGCCAAAAAAAAAGAGAGGCUGCAUGGUUUCCUACAUAAGCUCUCAUUGCCUGUUUACCAUUGUAUCUCCGUUAAACUGAUUAAUUCGUUCUCUUGUUGACAUUAUUACCACAACAUUCAAUUUAUAUCUGGGUAAAAUCUACAGCGAUUUUGUUUUAUACAAUGAAAACCGAUGCAUCAUUUACUCAAUCGUUUUAAUGCAUAUUCGGAAAAAUGCAAUCACACUGUCUUUUGGUUAAACUUCUUAUGUAACCUGGAUUAUUUUUCUAAUAAAUGCUUUGAGUUGAAUACUG